GUAAAUAAAAAAUCGAUUCUAUAGAUAUAUGAAAAACAAAAAAAAUCCCCAAACAAGUCUAAAAUAAAAACCGUGAUUCCUCUCUCACUUCUUCCCCCGCAGUUCUUAGCUUCAUCAACGAACAAGUAACUGUUCAGGUUCGGUGAGAAGGGAGAGAAAAGAAAAUGUUUUUCCACAUAGUGCUGGAGCGAAACAUGCAACUGCAUCCACGCUACUUUGGGCGUAACCUUCGUGAUAAUCUUGUUUCCAAGCUAAUGAAAGAUGUCGAAGGCACUUGCAGUGGACGACAUGGAUUUGUGGUGGCGGUGACGGGAAUUGAGAACAUUGGCAAAGGAAUAAUUCGGGAUGGGACCGGAUUUGUGACAUUUCCGGUUAAGUACCAAUGUGUUGUCUUUAGACCAUUUAAGGGAGAGAUCUUAGAAGCUGUUGUUACCAUGGUGAACAAGAUGGGUUUUUUUGCUGAAGCUGGACCAGUUCAAAUCUUCGUUUCCAACCAUUUGAUUCCAGAUGAUAUGGAAUUCCAGACUGGAGACAUGCCAAACUACACUACUUCAGAUGGAUCGGUUAAGAUUCAGAAAGACAGUGAAGUGAGGCUAAAGAUAAUUGGGACUCGAGUGGAUGCUACUGAAAUUUUCUGCAUAGGUACCAUUAAAGACGAUUUCUUGGGUGUGAUCAACGACCCUGCAACAGUUUAAAUUCACCUUUAUGUACCCUUCUAUCGUAUAGUUUUAGUGGCAUACACCUGAUACUCAUCAUGUUGGUGUAACUCUGUUGCAUAAAUUACCAGAGUUACUUAGUUGAUGUAUCAAAUUCUCUUAUUGAUUACAAUUUGUGUAUGAAUAUUUUCUAUCUGUCAAUGUCAAUUACCUUUGUGCUGUACCCAUAAUUAAUGGCAAUAUUUUCAGUCCUUCCUUUUACUAAAAAA